GGAAUUUUAAAGCGUUGAUCACCAUCCUUUUAAUUUGUCAAAUCUUAUAACAUAUAUGUUUGAUUACUCACCUAAAAAUAGUUGAUUAAUUCCCCAAGCAUAUUCAAGUAAGCCUUUUCUUAAUUUUCAUAUGGCUUUCACAGCGUUAAUGUUUAUACUUUACCAUAAUAUAAGUCACAGAAAAUUACGUGUUGGGAUCGCCGUAUUUGUUUUGACUUAUUUCUCGUUCUCUCACGCUUAAGUAUGUAGAUAUUGUUGUAGACGUCAUAAUACAAAUGUCUUGUGAUGCUAUACGAAGAGGAUAAAAUAAGUCACUUAAUAACAAUUUAACUGAUCAUGCAGUCUUCAGUCUUCAGUAAUAAGGAUAGGAGGUCUAGUGACCUAUUUUAAUCCUUGCAGUUUGUUACACUGUGUAGGUCCAAUCUCGUCUUGAAUAUAUCAUCAGAAGGUGCUGAUAUUACGUGUUCUGGUAGAGAAUUCCAGUAAUUCACUACUCGGUGAGAGAAACGAAACUCCAGACGUAGACGAUUUGAUCUCGGUUUUUAGACUUUCUUUGAAUGUCCUCUCAAAUGACCAGCCCUAGACGGGAGGAAAAGAUAGGACAUGUUAGUACCAAGGUCAUCGUUCAGGAUACGAUAUUCCAAUAUUAGAUCACCCCGUAUUCGCCGGUAAGAUAACGGAAAUAAGUUGAGGUGUCUCAGUCUGUCUUCAUAAGAUAGGCUAGAUAGGUCUUUUAUCAUUUUUUUCCCGCGGCGUUGGACUCGUUCCAACAUAUCCGCCUAAUAUUUGAAACAAGGACUCGCUGCCUGAAUCCCAUAUUCCAAAUGUGGCCAAAUGUGGCCAUCCAGAUACUGGAUGCUAAUACUGAGAAUGAUAUCCCUCAUUACAGACUGUACCUAGGUGGUUCUCAAGCUUUUGUGUAAAAGAUUUCGCAAAAGAUUCCAUUUCUAGGGUUUCUGAAAAAAGAGUUCUCCUGCUUGUCGAUUCUUGCCAAAAAAAGUAGCAUGGAUUUUUGUGCGUAAUCGUUCAUGUUCCAUCUUAAGCGGAUAUUCAUCCGGAUGUAAUUGAAAUAUGAUGAAUCACCACUAUCAACCAUUAAAUUCAAAUUUGUACAUUGAGUAUGGAAAGACAACUGUUCAUGUAAGUCCAAUUUUGGUAAGCUUCUAUGAGUACUUGGUCUUCGGCUGACAUAUUUUUUGGUAUAAUAGGUCCUGAACGUUUCUGACUAGACGUAAAAAGCCGUAUGCUUCAGGUUUUUUUUGUCGUUGCUGAUUUUUAAACUCAAUUGCUAUGUGCUCUGAGUUGUCCUGAUCUGCUGAAAAGAAAAAGAAAGAAAAUGUCGAGUUCACAGUCAAUUCUUGGAGAUUUUGUGACAAUUAGGAGCAUUUGAAUCAUCAUAUGAACUGCAUAUCCAAGAAGUAACGCAAUUUAACCAAGAUGAGCUAGACAAAUACGAACGAAUGCACUGUAUUUGGAAUUCAAAAUCAAAGCAGUCGUCAAUACAAAGUAAUCAUUGGUUCAUACAAACACCACAUCCACCACAGAUUUUAUUGGAGUCUAAGUGUCCGUAAUCAAUCGUUCGUCUUCUUCUUAAGUUCAUCCUGUUUCUGUCCGACAGUGCAAUAGAUAAAGGCUCUGUAAUACCUAGAAUGCACUCGUAAGUAUCAGAGUUGACAACCGAAAUUGGAACAGACUCACCUGAUUUCUGGAAUUGUAUACAACCAUCAUGUCGGUUGUGUAGUGAAACCAUUGAUAUCUAGAACUUACAUCAUAGACUUUCCAACACUAUCCUCCCCCACGAAAUAAUGUUUGUUCCUUACGUUGCAGUUCUGUGACCAGCUUGACCCUCCCAAUUCGCAUUAUCCUCUUAUUUCUCACACUUUGAUUAUCGUGUGUGAGUACUUUGGGGUUAACACUGACAUAUAACUUGAGGCAUUGUAUCAUGUGACUUUGACUUGCAUAAAAAAUAUGAUACACGUUCUUUUUGUUAUUCAUAUUACAAUAUACGGACAAAUAUGCACUGAUAUGUGUAAUUAACACAUGUGAUUCAUCUAGGCUUGAUUCACCUGUGAAACAAUUAAAUGAAAAACAUACAUCUGCCUCAUACUCAUUAGGAUAAUCUUGGAAUUGAUUUGGACUUUCUGCCUGUAAAAACUUCAUAUCUCGGCAAACUGGUUCUCUGACUGCUUCAGGGAAACUUGUUAUUCCGUUUGAUUCAUUAUACCACUGGCUAUGGAUUCUAGUCAACACAUAUUGAUUUGGAGGAUAUCCAACAUAAAACUUGUGCACAUCUUCGUAAAUUGUUUCACAACUCCCCAAUCAAUUGUUAUCUGAAUAAUCUUGAUUACGAAUUGGAUUGCAGCAACGUAGUAAAGUAGUGGAUUUCCUGAUGUCUUGACGAAUCAUUUCAUUGAAUUUUCCUUCUUUACUGCAUUCGAAAUUUGUACACUUUACAUGGUGUAGUAGUAUCUUGAGGGUUGCAUAAGGGAGUGAAAUCGGUUUGUCUGGGGAUGCCAAAGUUUUUAUUAAGCUGUAUGCUUCUUUUCCGAUGAAUGUAAAGAAAUGGGCCACAAUAUUAACAUCCUCAACAUUUUCCUUGGUCAUAGUUCAGAUUUUGAACCUCUCCAUGUAGUCCUCAAAAGCAUCAAAAUCUGAAUGUAUGUCUAAUUGAUCCAUCUCAGGCUCUAUUGCGACACCAAUGUGAUAUUUAAGAGCUUUUGAAUUAUAGUAUAAACUAGGAAUCCCAGAAAUAACCCAAUUUGAUCUAGAAGUACUAGACAAACACGGACGAAUGUAUUGUAUUUGAAAUUCAAAAUCAAACAGUCAUCAAGUACAGAGGAACCAUUGGUUCAUAUAAUCACCACAAUUAUUUUUACAUCGAAACUGGACUGCUUGUUAAUCUUUUAUGAGACAAAGUCAAGAGAUGUGACUUUUUUGUCUCGCCGCUAAUGGUCAACAUUGAGGUUCUGCAAUUGCACGAGCACUUUUCAAGAUACCUGAGUCACUUGUUGAACAUUGGCUUUCAGCCUGUACGCUGUUUUAAAGUUUGGAUCACGCUUAGGUUAUGUAUACGGCAGUCAAAAUAUUCGUACGCAACUUUGUUAGUGACCAUAAUAAAGUUCGUAGAGUUCUGAACCACUUAUCUUCAGUCACAUGGCAGUGGGCUGUGGUCUUGAGAUCGUGGAUUACUGCUACUGAGAUGAAGAUGAUUUUUAAUUGACCGAGUGGUAUAUCAUAUUUAUGUCUUCUUGGGGUGAAAAUAAACCGUUUGAGUCUAGUAUCUCUCUUCUAAUCUUAAGAUCAUCUCUUUAUAGCAAACACUGUGAGUGUAUGAUGUUGAGGUAGUAAUCCACAAUUACAUAAACUAAUAAUAUGAGCCAUAAAUAGUAACUUUAACUUAUUGUUCGAAAUUAUUACGUAAUUAAAGCUCAGUCUCUAGAAAUCAUGGGUGUUAUGGGUUAAAAUUUACAAUUCUGAAGAAUAUAUAUUCACUUCAUAUAAGUAGAUGAAUAUCAGUGAUGAUUGAACAUGCAAUUAGUCAUUUUCAUUCACUGUUUUAUUAUUUCCUUAUUCUAUAUGAAGAACUAAUACGUCCUUCCAAUUAGGCUCAUAUUCUGUGAGAAAAUAAGUCACACGUUUAUAGAAACCAAGUCCCAUUUCUAUGAUAACCUUAAAUUAAAUAGAUGUCGUGGCGAAUGCAAUUCGUAAUAUGAAAUGAACACUUCUUCUAGAUGGGACAAUCAACUCGUAAUAAAUUCAUCGUAACAUCUAGUAGUUUAGAGGUUUGGUAACAUUUUUUAUUUAAUUUUAUGUUUGAUUUGCUGACCGUUUGUGUUUUGAUAUGGUUUAAGUGUUUCUAAAAUGAUAUGGUUUUAUGAAAUAAUCACUAAAUGUCACUUUAAAUCAAUUCAUAUGCGAUGCAAAAAGCACAAACAUUUGGUAAAAUCGAUAUGUAUGCUGCCAAAGGAUAAUUAUUUAUAUUUAUUACAUGUAUUUCUUGAAGUGGAAAUCAUAAACAUUUUGGUUUAUCUUUAUUAGCUCACCCAAUAUGCCACCAAAAAAGAGUGCGCAGAAUGAAACAGUAUUGGCAAGGUUUAUGAAAGAGUUACUCAAAGAUUACGAACAAAGAGCUAAUUAUUAUAAAACAACAGUUUGCAACUCAAUCAAAUUAUGUUUUAGAAAGGCUAUAGAAGAAGAUCAUCCUGUAACAAGACUUCUCGUUGAUCCACAAGAUCGUAAAACAGUUGAGUAUUGGGUUGACGACAAACUAAGUGAUGCUUUUGGCAACGCUGAUGGUGAUGAUAAAAGUAAAACUAUACAAAAAAAGAACAUCAAAAAAAAGCGGUUGAAAGAAGAUAAACCACUGGUAAAACUUUUACCAUUGAUUGAAACAAUUCGAGCAAAAAGGUAUACAACGAUACAAGAAAUAUUAAUAUGGGACUGUUAUAUUGAAAAUGAUGAUAUGGUCGCAUUAACUGGUUUGUUCAAUAAAGGAUGUUAUCUUAUUACACGUAUUGAAUUAAUCAACUGUUUUCUUGACACGAAAUGUAUUCGUUUAUUAGUGGCUAAUAUUGCUAUCUCUAAAAUACUACGUGAAUUAUCCUUGGAUUUUAAUGAAAUCGGUGAACAAGGUUGUCGUAUAUUAUGUGAUGGUUUAAUUAGAAAUCAAUAUCUUACUUACUUAAGCUUACGAUUUUGUGGUCUCACUAAACAAUGCGGUUUGUGGCUUGGAAAUAUAAUUGCAGAAACAGCUAUAAGGGAGCUUAUUCUUGACGGGAAUUCUUUAGAAGCUGAAGGAACUAUAGCUUUACUUAGUCGAAUUUCUGAUGCUGCAGAGAAAGAAGGAUUUGAACGUACUGAAGAGAUAAGAAGAAAACAAUUAGUUGCAGAGGAAACUAGAAGUCGAGGUCGGGCGAAAGUGAAGGACCUAGAUGUUCUAGAAGCGGCUCAUGAUGAUACUGCUGAUCCAGCCCUGCAGUCUCCAUCCCCAACAACCCCUUUAUCAAGUAAAAAAACCUCUGCAAAAAGUGACAAGAAAAAAUCAUCUAAAGGACGAAAACGUGGUAGAAAGAAUAAAAGCAAGUCGUUAUUUCCUCCUUCUGGUCCACAAAUUUCAGUUUUGAAAUUAGCGGAUAAUGAAAUUAGUCAUUAUGGUCAAGAAGGAAAUUUCAAUACAGUUCGAUGUAUGCAAUUAAUAAAAAGUAUAAUUUCACAUAGUAAGGAUUUACAAGAAGUUGAUUUAUUUGCUAAUGAUAUUGGUGAUCUUGCCGCCAGACAAAUUUUAGAAGGGAUACUGUGUCGUAAAGAUGCUAAAUUACCACAAAUCGGUGUACGUUUAAGUCAUCGUAUUAAUCAAGACACAUUUGAUAUGGUACGUAAAUUAGCACCCGGUCCAAAAAAGAAAAAAGUUAGAAGAAAGAAAAGAAAGUGA